CAUGGGCCAAGAUUCUAGCAAGCAGUACAGACCACUGCACAACGAUGUUAUUGAGCUGACUGAGCCAUUUGAGGCAGCAAGAGAAGACGAAGAUAGACAUGAGAAAGACAUUGACGAUACUGACCAAUUGUUAUCCCAUAGUAAGUCUCUCAUGAUCAGCACUACAGGAAAAGAGUCGAAGUCGAUUCGCUUCAGAUUAUCAGGCCUUUAUUCCGUCAAUUCAAAGAAACGUCGAUGUCUUCGUUGCUUGCUAUUUAGCGGCUCUCUGGCUCUUGCUAUUGCUGCCAUCAUUGGUUUUGUGCUGCUGCUUCCAUGCAAGGACACUCCACCUGCCUCGCCCGCGCAAGCUGACACCACAAGCCACCUGAAUGACUCUUCAACUUCUGCUGCUGUCUCUCAUGCAACUUUGCCUGCAGCUGUGAAUGACACUAUAAAUGUGUCCACAAUAGGUGCUGCUGUCUCUGUGACAUCACCUCCCUAUGUGGAGCCUCGUUUGUUGCAUUGGAGGACUGGAAAGAGUGGACUUGGAACUGAGGGUCCUAUCAGACUACUUGAUGUGAAUAAUGAUGGCACAUGGGAUGUCAUUGUUUCAUACAUGUCUGGUGCUGCCAAUUCUGCUAUGUUGAAGCUGAUGAAAGGAAAGGGUAGUUUAGAGUCUGGGCUGUCGAACCUGAAGCGAUGUGUGAAGAACCAUAAUCCUGGUGUGUUUGAUUAUUGUGGUGGUGGUGUGGCUGCUUUCGAUGGCGGAACCGGUCAGCUUCUUUGGUAUUCUCCAGCGUACAUGGAGGUAUUUGCAUUGAAAUGCGGUGGAAUCGACGUGAACAGAGAUGGACAGGAGGACUGCCUAGCUGCUGGUCGUGUGGGAGUCCUAUAUGCUAUUGAUACCAGAGAUGGUCACAUUAUGUGGGAGGGCGACAGACAGGCUAUUAAUACUUCUUGGAAUGUUUUCACUCCUGCUCUGGUUGGAGACUUAGAUGGUGAUGGAAUCGAUGAAGUGCUGAUUGCUAAUGGUGGUAAUCAGCAGUAUUCACCGUUUAAGAAAGAUCGAGAUGCAGGACAGCUGUUGGUGUUGCGAGGCAACAGUGGGAAGUCAAUCGGUCGAGGUUUCCACAUGCCAGAUGGACAUGAGACAUACAUGUCACCGGUGAUACUGAAACUUCCGGAUGGGACAAAGAUUGUUCUGUUUGGAUCUGGUGGUGAAACUGUUGGUGGGGCAUUAUGGGCAAUACGUCUUGUUGAUUUGAUCUGUUACAUGACAGAUAUGAAGUCCAACUUGCCGUUGGUGAACUGUUCUACAACCAAUCAUCAGAACUGGGAGUGGGGUGGUCAUCAGGCUGACCUUACAGCACACGGUGUUCCGCUACAUAAAUUGGUUAACUCAAUACAGAGAGGAGUGAUGGUGCCACCUGUUUUGGUCGAUUUAAAUAGAGACACGGUUAGUGAGAUUGUUGGUUAUACUUUUGAUGGUUAUGCGUUUGCUAUUAAUGGUGCCAGCCGAGAAAUUAUUUGGGAGAAAGACAUGCCAGGAACUCAGUCAUACAGUUCUCCAGCUCCAGCAAUGUUUAAUGAUGAUGAUAUACCGGACAUAAUGCUGCAAGUUGUCACUGGUGACUGGUCAGCCAACAAUUACUCAAUGACCAACUCGAUAAUAGUUGAUGGUACAAAUGGACAGAUAUUGUGGUCAAUGAAAACUCGUCGACAAAUGAUGGCCUCUCCAUUGUCUCUUGCACAGUCAAGCAGUGAACAUGGUGGAUGGUUUGUUUUCUGGGUAUCUGGUCGAGUUUCGUGGCCAGGUUCUGAGCUGACUAGUUUUCUACCUGGAGCAUCAGGUGGAAUAGCCAGUUUGAAGAAAUCCACGUUUGUAUCAAUGGAAGAAGUGAUGCACGAAGUCGAUACUCAACCUGAUGACAUAGACCCAUGGAUCAAAAAGGGUACUGUGUCAGUUGUUAAGUCUGGUAAUCAAGAAAAAAGACAUUCUGAUAAGGAAAAUGAAGAUUUCGACCACGAAGAUGAGAAGAAUUAUAAGGAAGAUUUAAAGAAGCUUCUUCACAGUGCAAAACCAGCUGACUAUGAUGACGUAAAAGACUCUGCAAAGUGUGGUGUUGAUGAGAACAUCUUCACUACUGAACUGUUUGCUGUUAAUUCAGAUCAUGCUCUUAGUCCAGUCAAAAUUGCUGAGGCUCUGUCUUUCAGUGGCGAGAAAGGCACAAACUCAAUAUCUAAACGUCAUGAGUCUCCAGACCUCAUGAACGUUUGUAAUCAAUUUCGACCUAGUAUUCGAAGUACAUUUGCUGUCGGUGAUCUGAAUGGUGAUGGGCUAAUUGAAGUUGCGAUGAUAAAAUCUUGGUCAAGCUAUGUUUUAGUUGAUUCAUCAUAUAGUCACAUGGAGUUUUAUACAAGCUUUGAAGUAUUGACUGUACACUUGAAUGCAACAGAUGGCGGCGACGGAAUAUUUCUGCCUAUACACAACCAGCCAUGGGCAGGAUAUAUGGGAACAAGAGCAGACAGCAGCUACAGCAAAUAAUAACCUUGUAAAGUAUGUUCCAUCAGAGAUUCUUUAUAGUACAUAAGUCUCUUCAAGGUAAUAGUUUGUUAUGGGCCAUAGUUUGUACAAUGGGUAGUAUAUGAGCUACUACAUACAGUAUGUGAAGGAAGAAACUUCUACUGUGUAAUUACGAAAAUGUAGGUGUCAAAGCAGCCCUGUACAAGUUGCACUAAAGGUCUAUUCUGUAAGACAGGUAUAGGUAUAACGAAUCAACGUCAAUGCAAUUUCAAA